UUUGCCUUAAAGGGCAGGUUUCCAUCAGCUUCCACUUUGCAGAGCCGCAGCCCCUCGGGAUCAGGCAGGGACCGCAGGGAGGAAGGUCUGAAGCAUCGCCGGCCACCAUGACGGACAGGAGCCCCUUCGAAACCGACAUGCUCACCCUGACCCGCUACGUUAUGGAAAAGGGGCGGCAGGCCAAAGGCACCGGGGAGCUCACCCAGCUGCUGAACUCCAUGCUCACGGCCAUCAAGGCCAUCUCCUCCGCCGUGCGCAAGGCCGGCCUGGCCCACCUGUACGGCAUCGCAGGGAGCGUGAACGUGACUGGAGACGAGGUGAAGAAACUGGACGUGUUGUCCAACGCGCUGGUGAUCAACAUGCUUCAGUCCUCCUAUAGCACGUGCGUCCUGGUCUCCGAGGAGAAUAAGGACGCCAUCAUCACCGCCAAGGAGAGGCGGGGGAAGUACGUGGUCUGCUUUGACCCCCUGGAUGGAUCUUCCAACAUCGACUGCCUGGCCUCCAUCGGGACCAUCUUUGCCAUCUACAGAAAGACCACCGAGGAGGAGCCUUCAGAAAAGGACGCCCUGCAGCCUGGCCGCAACAUUGUGGCCGCGGGCUACGCGCUCUACGGCAGCGCCACCUUGGUGGCUCUUUCCACGGGGCAAGGUGUGGACCUCUUCAUGCUGGACCCCGCUCUCGGUGAAUUUGUGCUGGUGGAAAAGGAUGUCAAGAUUAAGAAGAAAGGAAAGAUUUUCAGCCUCAAUGAGGGCUAUGCCAAGUAUUUUGACGCUGCCACCACGGAGUAUGUGCAGAAGAAGAAAUUCCCUGAGGAUGGCAGUGCUCCCUAUGGGGCCAGGUAUGUGGGCUCCAUGGUGGCCGAUGUGCACCGGACCCUGGUUUAUGGAGGGAUCUUCUUGUACCCAGCCAACCAGAAGAGCCCCAAGGGCAAGCUGCGGCUCCUGUACGAGUGCAAUCCCGUGGCCUACAUCAUUGAGCAGGCAGGAGGUCUGGCAACCACAGGCACCCAGCCAGUACUGGAUGUGAAGCCGGAGAGUAUUCACCAACGAGUCCCCCUCAUCUUGGGAUCCCCAGAUGAUGUGCAGGAAUAUCUCACCUGUGUACAGAAAAACCAGGCAGGCAGGUAGUGAACCUGGCCUCACGAGCCCUCUUUUGCUUGUCUUUACCUUGCACUGAGGACCCUAUGAGUGAUACGUGGGGACAGUGGUGAUGAGAAAGAGGCACACCCACCAGUCACAUUUGGAAGAGUCACAGCCAGCUGCUGAAGGCGGGGUCAGGUGUCCCAGGGGAUUCUGUGGUUCAUAGGAAGGGCUAAAAAUAAAAACUGACU